GGUAAAUAAAUAAAUAAAAAGGAGGAAUCUGGCGCGCACACACGCACGUUCCUGACGACUGACAGUUUCAAUAUUAAAUAACUAUACCCUGAUUGCAUUAAUUUUGGGAAAGGCGCACGACGCAAUGCGCGGCUUUCUCCUCAGCCAGGCGGCGCAUGCACUUCGCAGCGCGCUGCGAGGCCCUCCGCCUUUCCGCACGUUGCACUUUUCCCGUGUCUACAAAUAAAAACAUAUUUUAAUUAGCUUGCAAAAUGGGUCUCCGGAUUAACAGCGCUGAUCUUUUGCUUUAUACGGGCUAAUAAUAAAAAAGAUAAAUCACCGUUUAACGUGACGCGUUUUGAAAUUUCCAGUCAAGAGUUCGCUGGGGCUGAGCUGUCGGGUUUUAUUUAUUCCCUUUUUGUUUUUAAUUUUAGGCCAACCAAUAAAACGGCUUAACGACGCUAUUAAUGCAUCUAUUAUAUUUUUCUUAGAUCAAUAAAGUUUUAUUUUGAUAGCGUUGUCUACGCACGCCGCAAAUUCAGAUUCUCCACGAAAUCACCCGCUCGCCGGCUUUGAUAUUUAUCAGAAUUUUAUUUGCUCGGUUUUAUGGACCCUGGGACGGCUUUCCUUACGGAAGCGGAAUUGGAAAGAAAGCGUUUCUCGUCCCCUGGCGUCCACAAUAUUCUUUAAAAUUUCUCUUAAACGGGGGUUAAGCUCCAAGGGACGCAUUGUUAAGCGCUGGCAGUGCGGUAGCUACACCCAACGCAUGCCAAAUUAACUCAGUUUAGUCGGAAUUGACCAUUAUCUUUUAUAGUUAAGAACCAAGCGCACGUUAUUAGUUUUACUUCAGUGGGUUUGAUGAUGCCGGUUACUAUUUGCCUUGGCCUUGUUAGCGAUUAAAGAAAGCGGAGAUAAUGCAGCUCCGAGCGGAGUUCACGAUCGAGGCGGAGUGCCCCAGCCGCCACCAGGCACAGCGCUGCGGACCAAACGAGCGGCCCUGACCCGCGCUCCUGACGGCAGAUCCCGCACGACCGGAGUGCAGCCUUCGGGCAGAGCCACCCAGGGCCGAGCCCCGGCCCCUGAGCCGCCAAACCCACAGGGGCCUGGGGCGAGGGGAGAAAGAGAAGUGAGGUUAAAAUCUGGUUUUCUUCUCCCGAAUCGUCUCCGUCCUCUGCGUUUUUUGUCUGAUGUUGUCUGUAUUCGCUCUCGAGGAGGUGGAAGCAGCCAACUCAUGUUUGUUGCGAUGCAUUUUGAGCCCUUUUUAUUCAGGAGGAUUGCAAUGUACUUUUACGGGCCUCUCCCCGCUUUAAUCCAAUUUUUAAAAGGGAGCUGCUUAUUUUAAAAACAGCUCUGGAAGGAUUUCAAGUGUUACUCCUCGAUUCCGUACGGUUUCUACGUUUUCAAUCCAUUCCUAUUUAAUUUGGCAAAUGCAAAAUAAACAUACCGCAAGAGCGGACUUCCCCGGAGUAAUUUUUAUACCUGACUUGUGCAGAGAAACGUAUUGGGAGCGUGGAGCUGGGGCUCACGUUUCACUUUAUUUAGAUCUGCAUUUAUAACGCUAAGCCUAUUGAUAAUAGCCUUCCUGUAUAGGAACCAAUAAAAUGGUUCCUUGCGUGGUAUUAAUUUUGUUAGCGGUGAUAUGGCCCUCAUAGGAAUCUGAUAAGGGUUUGUCCAUCACACGUUAACACAUCUCGUGUUUGGGAAACAGUAUUACGGGAGGAAACGUGCGGACAACCUUGGAGGGUUUCCUCAGGCUGGUGGGUCCCCUCCUAUCCCCCAUCCGACCCGCGGUCCCGCUCGGUACUCAGGGGUAACCUCCAGAACGGUGGGAAUAAAGGGUGCCUUUCCAUCAAGGUUUUAUGGCGACUGCGAAGUUGUAACGACCUCUCCCCGCCGCAGCCUUCCAGUUGACGAGGACGGGGCCUCGGGAAGGCCCCAGCAGCGCGGCUUGCUCGAGAAACCUCACGUUUGUGUCCCGCUGCCCCAGAACUACCCGUUCGGAUCAAUGGCAAAAUACGGGGAAAAAAAUAAUAAUAAUAAAAAAAAAAGUGAUUUCCCUCUCGCAGGCGACUGCUCACCCCGGAGACCACGUGAGGCGUGUCAGAGCCGGGGGCGGGGGGCAGCGCUUCCCGUGGGCCCUCCGCGGCGCUCUGAACGCCAAGGGUAGGGCCGGUACACGGCAUUCCUCACGGCUCCGGCCGAGGGCAGCGGGCAUCGCCGCCGCAUCUCGCCCGGUCCCCGGGAGCGGGGCCGCAGGCUUCUGCUUCCCCGGGAAAAGACCCCCUCGGGGACGAGGAGCGAGCCCUCCUGCUCUAGGGUGGGCAGCGAGAGCUGGAAAGCCUCGAGCAGCCCCAGGCUCCGCUCGGGCUGGAGAAGCCUUAAUUCCUCGGGCCAGGCAGGCAGGCGACUUCAAAAUGGCCUAAGCGAAAGAUGAUGGAAGUGAAAGCAAGCGAUCAUUAAGCGAUUCAUUAGAAAAUCUAUGUGUCUCUCUGUCUGCGUGCCUGUCUGUCUGCUAUCUGUCUGCUCCCUCCGCCACAAUUACAAAUUGGCAGGACAGAGCUGUCUCCUAUCUCAGGAUUCAUCUGCGUAUCCUUCUAUUAUUUAAUGCAGCGCUUGCGACAGAGACGGUGCUUCUGGAAAGAAGAGUGAAUGACCCAAAAGGAGGGGGGGGGGGGGGAAUAAAAAUGAUCGCCCAAAUAUAAACACGCCAAUAAACAGGGUGCGCAGCAUCGUGCGAGCAUCCAUCUGAGCUGCUCACGUCUGGAUUCUUUCUGUGGCAUAUGUCUGGCUUUGGAUUUUAAAUGGCAAUCAGACCUCGGGAAGAAUCCAGCGUUAACUACAGCAUUAGAAGCUGCAACCGCACAAUUAAUCCUCCCGGAGUGGCAUUGCUCCCUCCGAGAUUCCUAAGCGCAGCAGCCAGCUCUUUAUCUCUAGGAAAUGUAAGCUGGGGAGAUGUGAGGCUGGAAGGGCCCCCUCCCUCCUCGUGUCUUGAACGCAGGAGACACCAGGGCCCUUUACGGUUCCCAACGAUCUGUGAUAAACAAUAACACGUCUAUUAUUUCUUUAAAAAAAACCGAGACGAUCAAAUAAAACGAGCAGAGCCCGAGCAUAAAACACAGGGAGAGCCGCGGCUUUAUUAAUUUCGUGACACACGCGGGCUGCUCGGGGAGGUGAGCACGCAUCGCUUCCGGAGAGCCCGACCGCGGGGAGAGAGGAGCGAUAAUAAAAGCUUCAUCUGGCCGCGGCCGCAGCCGGAGUGUCAUAAACACCGCCGCGCAGAGCGGUGCGUGGGGCAGAGCGGAGAGAGCCGGGAGCCGCCGCCUGCCCCGCUCCGGCCCUGCCCCGCCGCGCGGCUCCGCACGUGUGCGUGUGGCUGGAAAUCCAUAUCACACAUUAAUAUCCAUCCAUAUCCCAAAUUCAGAGGUCGACCUGAGAGCAGCUCGGUGCAUACGAAACCAGACGGGGAGGGGUUGCUGGGGAGGCCCGGGCUUCCAUUGGCUGCAAGCGUUCGCCGCGGUGCGGGGGUAUCUCUAAUCAUAUUCAGCAUGUUUUGCACAAGAAAUGUCAGCCAGGAAGGGCUAUCCGCUCCCUUCGCCAAAUUAUUCCACAACAAUGUCAUGCUCCGAGAGCCCGGCUGCAAACUCUUUCCUGGUGGACUCGUUGAUCAACGCGGGCAGAGGGGACGCGGCGGGAGCAGGAGGCGGAGGCGGAGGAGGAGGCGGCUACUACCCGGGCAGCGGGCUCUACCUGCCACAGGCGUCCGAGCUGUCCUACGGGCUGCAGGGCUGCGGACUGUUCCCCGUCCUGGGCAAACGCAAUGAAGGUACUUCUCAAAGCAUGGUCCCCACCUCGCACCCCUACGUGUCGGGGAUGGAAGUGUGGCUAGACCCGCCCCGCUCCUGUCGCAUGGAAGAGCCGGAGAGCCAGCAGGCCACCUCGUGCUCCUUCGCUCAAAACAUUAAGGAGGAGAGCUCCUACUGCCUCUAUGACUCAGAGAAAUGCCCCAAGGGCUCGGCCGCCGCCGACCUCGCUCCCUUCCCGCGGCUGAGCGCCGAGGUCAGCCCCUCCGCCAACGGCACGGGGGUGCCGGUCCCGGGCUACUUCCGCCUCUCCCAGGCUUACGGCACCUCCAAGGGCUACGGCGCGGGGCCGGCGGGGGCAGCCGCCUUCGCGCCGCAGCCCCCCGGCCGCUUCCAGCCGCCGCCGUCGGGGCCGCCCGUGCCGGAGGCCGGCAGGAGGGACGACGAGGAGCGCUCCCCCAGCCCCUCGGCGUGCGGCUCCCAGCGGGAGGACGAGACCCGCGCUUCGUCGUCCACCGCCGAGGAGCUCUCCCCGGCGCCGUCGGAGGGCAGCAAGGCCUCUCCCGAGAAGGAGCCCGUAGGCAAUUCAAAAGGAGAAAAUGCAGCAAACUGGCUAACCGCAAAAAGUGGCCGAAAGAAACGGUGCCCCUAUACCAAGCAUCAAACUCUCGAGCUGGAAAAGGAGUUUCUGUUCAAUAUGUACCUGACUCGUGAGCGUCGCCUAGAGAUCAGCCGCACAGUCCACCUCACAGACAGACAAGUUAAAAUCUGGUUUCAGAACCGCAGAAUGAAACUGAAGAAAAUGAACAGAGAGAAUAGGAUUCGGGAGCUCACAGCCAACUUUAAUUUCUCUUGAUGAACCUAUAAACACGUCUUUAUGGUUUAAAGAGCCAGUAUCAUUUUCCUAGGCUGUAGUCAUCCGCACCUGUAUGGAUUAACGAUUUUAGACGUUCUCAGUAUGUCCUUAAACUCUUAAUAGCUGCUUCGGGGCUGCGGGGGGAGCGGAAGAAAGCCAUGCUAAUGCUGAGGGCCAUGUGUGAGCCUCCUCCAUUCCUGCAGCCUUCCCCGGGCCCGCUUUGCUCUUUCAAGCUUUGAAAACCCAGAAAUAGGAUUUCAGGAGCUGCAAAUAUUCCCCCCCCCUCCCCCGCCCCCCACCUCGUGUCUCUCCAAAAAGUAAACGAGCUCGGUUAAAGGCGCAUUCUUUUAAAAUAUAGGCGGUGUAACUCGGACUUUAAGUAGCUUCGGAAUGAAUUAUUUAAGCCGUGCCAUAUUUCUAUAUAUUGGGAGCUCAGCUUUAUCCCCCUCUGUUUUCCUUGUCUCCCCCCUCCCCCUUUAUCCUUCCCAAAGCAGGACUUGCAAUAAUGAAAUGCAGGCAUCCUUUAAAAGGGCUUCAUGGGAACCGGUGUUAAGAGCGAUUUUUUGUUCUUUACCUUGAAAGUCAAUAUUACGGCUUUGAAAUUGGCCAGGAAAAUGAAAUCUCUUCUCUUUAAAGAUAUAGAAAAGUUCGUCUCGCUCAUGGACUAAAUUAUGACACUUACCUCUGAAUUUCUCUCUCUCUUUCUGGUUGUAGAUAUUUACGUAACGUAGUUUUGCUUAAAUACGUGGAAUUAGUGAUUUUUUUUUUUUUUUGACGAUAAAUAACGUUACCGUUGGUAACACGGGAUAAGCACACAACGAUUCCCCCUUGAAAAAAAAAAAAAAAAAAAAAGCCGUCACUUUUUCCUCACUAAUUUCACUGAAAAGUGUACAUCCUGAACAUCAAAAGGACUUUCUGAGCCAGAGCCUGAGAUAGCGAGGGAGAGUUCGUCCGUCUUCCUUUAUACUGUGAAGUUACGUGCAUCAAAGGGUCAAGCGUAUAGGUGAAAAAAAUUAGAAAGAGAUUUAAGAAAAGAAGAAAGAAAGAAGGGGAAAAACUAUAAAUACAGAUAUGUAUAAAUGUCUAUUAUUAUUAAAACGCCGAUACCGUUUUAAGCAAAUGCAUUCUAUCGUUAUUAUAAAUGUUAGUUCUAGCUAUAUCUAGUUCUUACCUUAAAUCGGAAUAAAUUAAUAUUGUAAUGCUGCUGUGCGUGAAAAAGACGAUGUUUAUGUUCUCAUAGAAGAAUAAAAAACGUGGAAUGAA